AUGACCGUAGUAAAGAUUCAAAGUCAAAAAGAAUUGGACGAAAAGUUUGAUGACGGAUAUGUAAUUGUAGACUUUACGGCCACUUGGUGUCCCCCUUGUAAAUUUAUAGCACCAAUCUUUGAAAACCUUUCUAAAAUUCAUACACAUGUUAAAUUUUUUAAAGUCGAUGUUGAUGAGAGCAGUGAUAUCGCAGAAAAAUACCAUGUAACCUCCAUGCCGACUUUUAUCUUGUUUGACAAAGGCGAAGUGGUAGGCACCGUACUUGGUGCUUCUGAAGCUAAAAUAAAAGAUUUGCUUGAAAAAGCCCCAAAGACCUCAUAA